GUACACUUAUCUGGCAAACAAUUCGGCGAUAUUUACGACUGCUUCUGGGUGCUGGCAGUUCGCAACGAGCGCAAAAAAAAUUCACCUUUAGUCGCUGGCUACACUCGUGACAUUCGCAAUUAUAAAUUAUAAAGCGAACGCAAUUUGACAAGAUAAGAAGAUGUCCGGCAGACGCUUAAGCGAUACGAGUCAAUAACAUAUUAUCUCAGUGCGCUAGAGUACUAAUAAGCCUGAUUACACUCAUUUCUCGCACGCAUGGUAAAAAUAGCCGUAAACAAACUUUCGUGUUUUACCAAUUCGAGCGCGCAUAAUUGGCCGGCGAGAGUAAUUCAAUUGCACGCUCGGUGCAUACGCCAAGUCACUCACCAGUUUUUAACUGGGACCGUUAAAUCGUCCACGAGAUAAGAAAACAGAAAAAAAACAUAAAAUACUGGAUUUUAUAUUCAAUCAUAAAUUUUAAAAUGUCUGAAAAACAUGGUGGAAGUAGUAGGAGUAGUAGAAACACUCCUGACAUCCUGUCACAAAGUUUUGACAGCGAUAGUAGCGACACCGUGGAUGUUGACGGAAUGCUCGCACAUGUAGGCAACUUUGGUCGCUUCCAACUGGUGCUCAUUGCGUUGUUUAGCUUGAUCAACGCCCUCUCUGCAUUCCAUUACUUUGGCCAAACCUUCAUCAGUGUAGAACCGCAACAUGCCUGCGUAAUUCAUCCCGAGGAUAAUCUAAAUAACACGUUGUUGACACAAAUUGCUUACUACAAUGCGGAUGCAUGUAAGGUAACCUACAAAAACGAGAAUCACACACCGAUUGCAGUCGAACACUGUCGACACUGGGAGUAUAACAGUAGUUAUGGAUAUGUCAGCUUAGUACAAGAAUUGAAUUGGGUGUGUGAUGAUGCUUGGAAGCCUGCAUUGGGCCAAAGCGUGUUUUUUGUUGGUUCGUUAAUUGGUAGUCUUGGAUUUGGCAUACUUGCGGACCGUAUAGGACGUCUUCAUGUCCUGGUAGCUGCUAAUGUGUGUGCAUUUGUAGGCAACUUCAUUACCAUCUUUGCAAACGACGCCAUUACUUAUGGUUGUGCGCGUUUUGUUGCUGGAUGUGCCACAGACACGAAUUUUGUCAUGAUGUAUAUGAUCGUAAUGGAAUACAUGAAGCCGUCAAUGCGUACAGCUGGACUUAACCUAUCAAUAGGCGUGUUCUAUUGUGUGGCAUCCAUGUUAGUUCCAUGGUUGGCCGUCUUGAUGCAUCAUUGGCAGUACUUUCUGCUAGCGAUAUCAGUACCACAUUUAUUAGUUGUAUUGUUUUAUUUUGCUGUGCCUGAAAGCGCACAGUGGUUGAUUAGUAAAGGUCGAUUCGAUGAAGCGAUGCGUUGCUUUGUACGCAUUGCACAAACUAACAAUCGUCGACUUGACGAUAAAGUAGGCAACCAACUACGCACAUACAUGAAAGAACAUAUUAAAUCAGAACAUAGUCAUGCCAGCUUUUUGGGACUCAUGAAAACGCCACGUUUGAGACGAAAGACGUUAAUUCUUAUAUUUAAAUCAAUGGUAUUAAGCUUGUGUUAUGAUGCAAUCGCACGUAACAUCAACGGAUUUGGUUAUUCGCCAUUCCUGAUCUUCAGCGCCACCUCAGCGACAAUUUUCCCAGGCUGUGUGGUGAUACUCCUCCUUCAAGAUCGUAUCGGCCGCAAAGCACUAGCUUCGGGUUCGUUGUUCAUAGGGGGCGUAUUCAUCUCCCUUGUAGGUGUUAUACUCUCAUGGGAUGGAGCGGACGCUACACUCAUGCUUAUUCUUACUGUCCUGGCGCGUCUUAAUGUAAUAGUAGCGUUUAAUUCUGGCCAUCAGUACGCAUUUGAAUUAAUCCCGACUGAAGUACGCGCACAAGGCGUGUCUGUAAUUCACGUCGCGGGUUUUGCGGCGACUUUUUUCAGUCCACAGAUAUUGUAUCUCGCCGGGUGGUGGCGCCCUCUGCCGGAGAUCAUUGUAGGUGUGUUGUUAAUAUGCGGAGCAGGGGCGUGUCUAUUCUUGCCAGAAACACUCGCUAGAACACUUCCGGUUACGUUGGAAGAUGGCGAAUUGUUCGGGGAGGAUGAAGGCGUGUUUGAAUUCGCUUGUUUUGGUAAUAACUUGUCAGAGAGUAGAAAUGUUUUAACAAAAACAUGAAUCAAAUUUCCAAGUAUUAAAUCUAUUGUUUAAGUUAUCUCAUAUUUUAUAAUAUUAAUACAUAUUUUAGUUUUUCACAUAUGUAUGAUUAAUUACAUAUCUCAAAAUAUUUCACAUUA